AUGAGUGAGCCUCAGGAGUCUGUCUUGCUGGCUGAUGCCUCAGCAGAGAAGGCAAUGCAAGCUCCUGACACUGACCUAGGGGUUGAAGAUCCUGAGAAGGCCUUUGCAGACAUUAUGGGCACAGAGCUCGUAUACUUGGAAGCACACAGACUGAUGGAAGUGGUGUCUGCCUCACAUUUGAUUCAAAAUUUGGCUAACCUGAACCACCAUGGUCUAGAAUCUAAUGGUAUCAAAGACACUUCCAACACAACCAUUACACUAUUAGAGUUGGAAAACAAGUGCAUUUUGGUAGAAGGAGCUAUAUGCAUAGGAGAGAUGUUGUGAGACAAUUCUUCAAGAACUGAAGACAGUAAAACCAAUAAAUUCUUUGGACUCAUCCUUCUUACACUCCCUUCUUUUCUUCCAAAACAUCUUAAUAAGCACCUAGACACAUCAGGAGCUGAAGCCAUUGCCAGUUUGCUUUUGGAUAAUUUGUCCUACCUCAAUAGGAGGGGCAGUGACAGGCUUGUGAAGGAGUUGAACCUCAGCCACAAAAAGUUCUCUGAGAAAGGAGGACAGAUCCUGGGAUAGAUGCUCAGAGACAGAGAGAAACCGAGAAGACAUGACAUCCUUAUUCUCACCAUGUCUGGAUCUAUGUCUCUUCUUUUACAGAUGGCCAGUAAUCCUCUGACCACAGAAGAUGCCACUGUACUAGCCAUAACCAUCAGAAAGAACAGAUCUCUUUCCAAAUCAACACUCCAGGACUAUACACUAUGCAUUUUUAGGAGAAAUGCCCAAGCUGGCUCCCUCCAGCUCAAUGAGUUGGUGAAUGAAACUUUCAUCAAGUUGCAGGAUUUGGUGUGUCAGAUGCAUCCUGAACUAGAUGUCAUCUACAGUAAGGUCAAAGGCUGUAUCAUCAACCCCCAACAGCAUCCAAAUCGCAUGGAAGUGAUUCAGAACUCUUUGAAAGAGCACAACCUACAACUCAGAGAAUUCUUUGGGAAUAUUGAUAAGGAUGGAAACAUAAAGAUUCCUGUAGCAACCUUCUGGAAAGCCGUGAUGCAGUCCAAAAUUGGUGAACUAGUGCACAAUCUAGACUGGAAUCAGACAGUAGUUGUGGAUUACAGUCACCUAAAAGACCAGGAGCCAGCACAGAAGCCUGUGGAAGGGGAAAUUGAGGAGGAAGAGAAGGAAUAG